CCCGUGCCCUUUCGACCCCGGACGGUUUUCUCAGUUGGUCGCGGCAAGCAUGGUAGCAACGCUCCACGAGCAACUCUAUCACGCUGCGCGGUCGGGCGACCACAGCGCCGUGUCGGUCGCCCUCAAGCGCGGCGCCAACGCCAACACCGAGACCGAGGGCUGGACACCACUGCUGCGCGCCGCCCAGAAUGGCCACAGUCUCGUCGUACACUUCCUCUUGCGGUCGAUGCCCGACGUCAACAAGCCCACAAGCGACGGGGCCACACCGCUGUACAUGGCGAGCCAGAAUGGCCACGACAGCGUUGUUGCGUUGCUCAUCCAGGCGAAUGCCGCAGUCGACCAGAGCAAGAAGGACGGCGCCACGCCUCUCUACGUUGCUGCCCAGAACGGCUUCGAUGCCAUCGUCGAGCUCCUCUUGCAGUCGGAAGCCAACGCCAACGCCCGAAAGCUCUCGGGGUCGACGCCGCUAUACGUGGCAGCCCAAAACGGUCGCGAAGGCAUCUUGAAGCAACUGCUGCAAGCGGGGGCCGACGUGAACCUUGGCAACAACGAAAACGCAACGCCACUGUACGUGGCAGCAGCCAAGGGCCACGCGACAGUAGUCGCCAUGCUCGUGCAAGCUGGGGCCGAUCUCACCAAGAAAAAACAAGCGGGAACAACGCCCCUGAUUGCAGCGGCCUUCAACGGCCACAGCGACAUUGUAGCCUUGCUCAUGGAAGCGAGCUCGGACGACGGACCAGCGGACGACUGGUCACCGGUCUGGGCCGCUGCGUUCAGUGGCCAUUCAAAUGUGCUGCAGCGCCUCAUCCUCGCCAAGGCCGAUUUGAACAAGUGCGACAAGGACGGCUGGACGCCACUGUGCGUGGCAGCACUCAAUGGGCACGCCAACGCCGUCCGGGUCCUCUUGGACGCGGGGGCCGACAUUGACCGCGCCACCAACUUUGGCGCCACGCCGCUGUACAUUGCGGCGCAGAAUGGGCACGAGCACGUGGUCAAGGUGUUCAUCGAGGCCCGCUCGCACAUCAACCAAAGUCAGCGCUCGGGCGCGACACCUCUCUACGUGGCUGCCCAAAACGGCCACGCCAACGUCGUCGCCCAGCUUAUUGCUGCGAACGCGGAUGUCAACAAAGGCGCCGAGCUGGGCGCAACGCCGUUGUACAUUGCAGCACAGCACGGUCACAACCCAGUCGUGGCGCUCCUUCUCAACGCAAAAGCCGUUGUCGAUCAAGCCACUCACACGGGUGCGACCGCGCUGUACGUGGCUGCGCAGAAUGGCAACGCGACGCUGGCCAAGCUCCUCGUGCAAGCCAAGACCGACGUCAACAAGACGUUCAAACAAGGCGUGUCUCCGUUGUGGGUUGCUGCCUCUAAAGGGCACGUUUCAGUCGUCGCUGUGCUCGUCCAAGCGCAUGCCAACCUCGAUCUUUGCAACGCCGACGGGCGAUCGCCGCUCUGGAUCGCUGCCUUCAAGGGAUUUGCUCCAGUCGUGGCACUUCUCAUACAGUCCGGCGCUCAAAUCAACCUCGCCGACACCUCGGUUGGUGCGACGCCGCUAUAUGUCGCGGCGCACAAGGGCCAUGAUGCUGUCAUCUCGGUGCUGCUGCAAGGCGGUGCUGCAGUCAACCAAGCCGCUUCGGAUGGCUGCACGCCCCUGUCGACGGCAGCUUUCAACGGACUUGUCUCGGCGGUGGCACUCUUGAUCGCAGCGCAAGCCGAUGUGGACCUGGCCAAACAUGAUGGCACGACACCGACGUACGUGGCAGCGCAGAACGGCCACACCGCCGUCGUCGAAGCCCUUCUCGGCGCCAAGGCCAAGGCCAACACCUGCCAUAAAGAUGGACGUACGCCUCUGUGGAUGGCUGUUUGCAACGGUCACGAAGACGUGGUCCGCCACCUUGUGCUGGCCGCUGUCGACGUCGACAAAAGCCACAAGGACGGGCGCACCCCGUUGUGGAUGGCAGCGUUCACGGGCCACACAGUCUUGGCGCAGCUUCUUUUGGAAGCGGGCGCCGAUCCCAACAAGAGCCACCGCGACGGCCGCUCCCCGCUCUGGAUGGCGUCCUUCAACGGCUUUGGCAAUGUUGUCGACGCUAUCGUGCUCGCCAAAGCAGACAUCAACAAGCCGCACAAGGUGGGCGCGACGCCGCUGUACGUGGCGGCCAACCAGGGCCACGCCAACAUUGUCCAAGCCUUGCUCGCCGCUCACGCGGAUCCAGAUCUAAGUCACAAGGACGGACGCACGCCGCUGUGGAUGGCGGCCCUCAACGGCCAUUACGACGUCGUCGACAAGCUCCUGGAAGCACACGCCGAUGCAAACAAAUGCCACAAGGACGGGCGCACGCCACUGUGGGUUGCAGCCUAUGGCGGGCACGGAAGUGUCGCGGCCUUGCUGCUUCGCGCGGGCGCCGAUAGCACCAAAUGCGACGAGGCGGUGGGCGCGACGCCGCUGCACGUAGCGGCCCAGCGAGGCCACCCGGCGGUCGUCGAGCGUCUCAUCGAGGCUCACGUGGACCUUAACUGCUACAAUGACGAAGGCGCAAGCCCGCUGCUUGUAGCCGCUCAAAGCGGUCAAACUGCCGUUGUGCAGCGAUUGCUUUUCGCCCAAGCCGACUGCAACCAAACCGACACCAUUGGCCGCACGCCCUUAUACGCCGCGUCUCGCAACGGAUCGAACGACAUCGUCGCUGCCCUCUUGCGCGCUGGCGCAGACGUCGCUUUGGCGAAAGAGUCGGGUGCCUCCCCUCUGUACGCUGCGUGCAAGUACGGCCAGCUCGGCGUUGCAAAGCUGCUGUGGAAAUCGAAUGCCAAUAUCGACCAAAGCCGCGAAGACGGGCAGACACCGCUGUUUGUUGCCUCGCAGUACGGCCACGACGCCGUCGUCACCUGGCUACUGCAAUCGAACGCCGAUGUCAACCAGCCCAAAGAUGACGGAAUCCAUCCGCUCUAUAUCGCAGCGCAAAACGGCCACGACCUUGUUGUUGCCCAGCUCUUGGCCGGAAACGCAGCCUUGAACCAAACCGACGCGGCGGGCCGAACCCCCUUGUACGUUGCCGCCCAGAAUGGUCACAAGACUGUGGUCUCCCUCCUUCUCGACGCUGGCGCCAAUGUUGCCCAGAGCAAAAAGUCGGGCACGGGACCUCUCUUCAUUGCCGCAAAGACCGGACAAGUCGAUGUCGUACGCCUGCUUUUGGACGCAGGUGCCGACUGCAACCAGUGUCGUAACGAUGGACAAUCACCGCUGAUGGUUGCAGUCGAAGCGGAUCACCGAGAAAUUGUCGAUACCUUGCUGCUUGCAAAAGCCGAUGUGGACCAAAGCACUGAUGAUGGCUCGACAGCACUACAUAUUGCGGCGGCGGCGGGGCUAGAGGCUAUCGUAUUGAAGCUUCUGCAGUGCCACCCUGAUGCGGAUCAGUGCAAUUAUGCCGGACAGACGUCCGUGUGGGUGGCUGCAGCCAAUGGCCACGUGAACGUACUCUCGCGGCUCCUUGAAGCUGGCGCAGACCCAUCGUGCCCCGACAACUGCGGUGUCACGCCGCUGAGUAUUGCCACUAAGAACGGGUACGGCGAUGCGACGACAAUACUUGUCGAAGCGUGUCGCCGACAAUAAUGACGCGCUCCCAACAAACAUGAUGUAUCAACACGUGAAGCCUAUCUUUGAUCUACGCCUUAUUUAGUUGUGCGCGCGUUUUGCUCCUUGAGGUCAAUGUCCAGCCUAAGCUGAGU